AUGACUUCUCAAGCUCACAUUGGGACCCUGUCCCGUCUUCCCCUGGGUUUGCGUGGUGGUAUUGAGAGUGUUGCUCGUGGAAGACACAAUGUUUCUUGGCCUUUAUUGAACCUCGAUCUAUUACGCAAUAUUCUCUUAUUCCUCUUUGUCUGGCGAUGGGGUCGUCGCGCAUUCUGGCAGCUCCGUGGUCGCGGAAUCGUCGGCUCCGUUGUCGAGCUCUACGUCAACAUUCGUCGCAUUCUUUACGGUUACUUCCUCCGAGCUCCAGGCGUGCGAAACAAGGUUCAGCAGCAGGUCCAGGAAUCUCUAGUUAAGCUAUCCGACAAGCUAGUUCCCAAAGACCAGAUUCGCUACCUCUCCUUACCAAAAGAUGGCCUCCCUAUCGAUACAGUUCGCGCCGAGCUCGAGAACCUCGCCAACAUGGAUCAUACCCGCUGGGAGGAUGGAUAUGUCUCUGGUGCUGUGUACCACGGAGAGGAUGAGCUGAUGCAGCUCCAGACUGAGGCUUUUGGCAAGUUCACUGUUGCCAAUCCCAUCCAUCCUGAUGUCUUUCCUGGUGUGCGCAAGAUGGAGGCCGAGGUUGUGAGCAUGGUCUUGAGCAUCUUCCAUGCUCCUCCUGGUGCUGCGGGUGCUUCUACAAGUGGAGGAACUGACAGUAUUCUUUCUGCUUGUCUGGCUGCUCGUCAACAAGCCUAUAACGAACGUGGAAUUACAGAGCCUGAGAUGAUUCUUCCCGAUACUGGCCACACUGCCUUCCGCAAGGCUGCUCAGUACUUCGGUUACAAGAUUCACCUCGUCGCUUGCCCUGCUCCUGAAUACCAGGUCGAUGUCAAGGCUGUUUCGCGUCUGAUCAACCCCAACACUGUUAUGCUUGUCGGCUCAGCACCCAACUUCCCGCACGGUAUUAUGGACGACAUUGUCGCUCUGUCCAAGCUUGCUCAGCGAAAGAAGCUCUGGCUCCACGUCGACUGCUGUCUCGGUUCCUUCUUGGUUCCCUUCCUUGAGCGCGCCGGUUUCGAGUCUCAGCUCUUUGAUUUCAGGCUCAAGGGUGUUAGCAGUAUCAGCUGUGAUACUCACAAGUAUGGUUUCGCCCCCAAGGGUAACUCGACUGUCCUGUACCGUACCGCCGAGCUUCGAAAGUACCAGUACUUUGUUUGUCCUGAUUGGUCUGGCGGUGUCUACGCUUCUCCAGGUAUUGCUGGUUCUCGUCCUGGUGCUCUCAUCGCUGGUUGCUGGGCUAGUUUGAUGACUAUUGGUGAGGCCGGAUACAUUGACGCUUGCACCAAGAUCGUGGGAACCGCCAAGAAGAUCGCCGAGGCCAUUCAGUCUUCGCCAUUGAGCGGCGAGCUCGAGCUUAUUGGCAGACCUCUUGUUUCGGUCGUUGCCUUCACAUCCCGCAACUUGAACAUCUACGAUAUUGCCGAUGCUAUGAGUGCCAAGGGAUGGCACCUCAACUCUCUUCAGGACCCUCCUGCCAUCCACGUUGCCGUUACCUUGCCCAUCUCGAAAGUCUGGGAGAACCUCAUCGCUGAUCUUGAGGCUGUUGUCGAAGAGGAGCGUGAGAAGGAGCGUGUUCGUCUUGUCGAAGGCAAGGGUGCCCAUGGCAAGGCUAUGGGUGAUUCCUCAGCCCUGUACGGUGUUGCCGGCUCACUGCCCAACAAGGGUGUUGUUGUUGAUCUGGCGAGUGGAUUCUUAGAUAUCUUGUACAAGGCGUAA